UUAUUCAAAAGCUAGUUGGAAUUAGGGAAAUUGCGUAAGAGAAUAGGGAAAUUUUCACUCGGUUAGGGAAAAAAACGUCACUGCCAGGAAAUCAAGUGAAGGCAAUAAACAGUGACAACAUCGAGUCUGUUCAUUUUGAAUCGUGACGGCUUCGAGUGAGGAGCAAACCCAAGAGAGAAGAACAAUAUGCCGACUGUUAUAUUGGAACGAUUGCCACUCCCCAGCUUACAAGUAUACACGACUGUUAGUGUCGUUUUACUCUCGUGUUCCGUAUAUUACGCCCUGCAAAUAACGUCGGAGAUGGAGUGGAAGUUUCAGAAUGACAACCCCGUAUCAGAAGUAAAUAUUACAAAAACGGAUGUGUCAAUAGACGGAUUGAUUGGCGACUUUGUCGUGUUAAAAAGACUGAACGAUGCCGUGUAUUUUAUGCUCCAGGAACCCCUCUGUAUCUGGGCCUUGAUCAACAUGGCUUACUGUUGCCUGAUAUUAAUAGGAAAAUUCAUUCAGAAAUUAGUAUUUGGCGAGCUGAGAGUUUCCGAACAACAGGUGAGUCACGCGUUCAGUCGUCAUUGAGAAUUUCUUCAGUUACGUGUUAUUAAAUUUAAAAUUUUAAUU